CGCAAACCACAACUACAAUCACACAACCUUAUACCCAAACUUCUACCAAACAAACACCACUCACAAUGUCUAACACCGAGAACUCCUCCACCCUCAAGUCCUACCUCGACCAGGGCAUGGGCAUGGCCCAGCGCGCCGUCGGCUCCCUGACCGGUGACGCCUCCACCAAGAGCCAAGGCCACCAAACCGAACAGACCGGCAAAGCCGAAAACGAAGCAAGCCACACAGCAGCCAAGCUGGGCCCGGUGACGGCCGACCCCGCGACCGGCGCGACGGCCGCCGACCACCCCAAGCGCACGGACGGCAGCUGGGACCAGACACUGGGCGCGGCCAAGGAGUCGCUGGGCAACCUGGUGGGCAACGAGUCGCUGCGGCGCGCGGGCCAGGAGCAGAACGCGGCCGGCAAGCAGCAGGAGGCCGAGGGCCAGCUGCAGGACUGGGGCCAGGGCGUCAAGGGCCGCGUCGAGGGCGGCGUCGGCAAGGUCGCUGCUGCUGCGACGGGGGAUGAGAGCAAGGAGGCCGCGUGGCGCGACGUGCAUGAUGAGGGGAAGGCGAGGCAGCGCGGGGCCGAGGUUGAUAUCCAGCGGAAGGCUUAG